GGUAUCACUUUCGAUUCGAAUUCAGGUUACUUGUGUGAUUUAUUCGUUUCUAUCCAAACAAUCGGGAAGAAUUUUGAAGAGUUUUCACAUUCCUCAGGGUAUUUGCAUUUGGAAAAUAAGCGCCGAAACAUGAAGUUGCAUUGCCUUGGGGUAGUACUCCUCAUAGUCAUACUAGACUCGCACAUAAACGCCCUCCCGUUGUCACAAGACGCUGUUGCGCCAUCGGAAAUUGCCAAAAUCCAGAGUGUAAAGACUGAAACUUCCGAAGCGCCCCAAGUCGCUCCCGAAAAGGAGGCCGACAAGGAAGAAACCGCGUUACCUCAAGAACCGACAAAAUUGGAUAAAGACGAAGUUAAAAGUGUGGUUGAACACAAAAAAGAAGGAAAAGUCACGGGUAGACAGUCGUCUUCAGACGACGAUGAUGACGAUGACGACGAUGACGACGACGACCUUGAUUUAGGGGUAGAUGAUGACGACGAUGACGAUGAUGAUGAUGAUAGCGUUGCUGAAGAUGAUGACGAUGAAGACGACGAGGGUGAUUAUUUCGACAGGUUGUUCGAUGAUAUUUUGGGAGAGGAUGACGAUGACGAUGAUGAUGACGAUGAAGAAGACGAACCGGUCAAACCUCAACCAGUAGCUUCUUCCACAGCUGCCCCCGUUGAAACUUUCAUCAGUGAAGACUCGAAUCCUGCAGGAGAGGCCGAAGACAACGUUUCUGUAGAAACUGAAGUGCCAAACGACGGACCCAUUGUAGAGAAUGCCCCUGAUAACGAAGUAGUCAACAAGGACCCCGUUGAUGAAGGAGAGAGUGAGGAUAACUCCAUCGUGCAACCUGUUAUUGUCCAGCCAGUACCUGCUGAAGAUACCGCAACCAACAACGACGAUGAUGAUGACGACGACGACGAUGAUGACGAUGACGAUGAAGGACUUGGCGGUCUGGCAGAUGAUGAUGAUGAUGACGACGAUGACGAUGAUGAUGCCGCUGACGAUGACGAUGACGACGACGACGAUGAUGAUGAUGACGAAGGGUCCCUAGACGAUGUCAUCGAUGCCAAAAGAUCACGAGCCCUGAAUUCUUCACCCAAAAUGCCCGCCAUAUACAUCUCCAAAUAUAACAGAUUCGUCGACAAUAUCAUCAGCAGAAUCAACAGGAUAUUGGGUAAAUCAUAUGAUCCAGUCAGGGUGAAACUCCAAUCUGGCGAAUCUAAAAAGAACAAGAACAAAAAGAAGGGGACGAAAACUAAGUCUAACAAGCCAUCAAACCGUCAAAGGGAAGAAAUGCCAUCCACCAAACAGGAAGAGAUGCCGAUAGCUAGAGCUGACAGUGGGGAGUCUAGGGAAUCGUCGUUCAUUCUCAUAUCAAGGAAUGGGGAGCCUACUCUGAGAAACAUAACAGUCAAAACAGAAAAGACACAAACCAGAGCAACAAGUUCGUCGAAUAAGAAUAAAAAGAAGAAAUCCAAUAAAAAUAAAACAAAGGCGGAGAAGAACAAAAAUAAAACGAAAUCUACGAGCAAUGCCAAAGUCAGGGCCACAUUGUUCGGACUCAGCAGCAUCAAAAGGGAUGGAGACGUUACGGUCAAUAUGAUGAGUGACCACACUACAGUUAAAACGAACUUCAUACUGGGUCCACUCACACUGCGAGUAGAGAGAGAGUUUGGUAAAGGGGCUAGGAGAGAAUUAAAAAGUGCCACAGCUACAACAGCAGAGAUGUAUGGUAGACUGAAUCUGAAAAUCAUCCACGGAGGAGCUGCCACUCUGCAUUCUAUCAAAGUGUUACAGCCAAAACAGUUGAGAAUCGACAGUGAAGAGGACCAUGAAAAGACCAAAGAAUUCCUAUGGAAAAAGACAUCUCAUAUUGCCACCGUUGUGUCUCAGAAACUAGCGGCAGCAGCUAGAUCAAUGCUCAAGCCACCGCCAAAGGCGUAAAAUUUUUCACUUGGUUUUAUGAGUGAAUGAACUGAUACUCAUGAUAUUUAUUUAUUAUUUAUUUUUUUAAUUUUAAGUUAUUUAUUUAUUUUGAAUAGAAUUUUAUAAAUCAAAUU